CCAGCGUAACCACAGCAACGCAGCGAUGCAGACGGACCCGGCGGAGCGGAGCAGGCGCGGCCCCGCGGAGCCCCGGGGGAGCAGGCCGAGGGCCGCGGUCAGCUCCUCCAGGAGCUCCGAGGAGGAGACCGACAAGUUGAAAGACACCAGCAGACAGAAGGAGCAGCAGGCGGGAAGAGAAGAGGAACAUGAGGAGAGAGAGAAGGGACGAGGGAGGAGGGAAGGAGGAGAGGGAGGAGGACAGAGGGGGAGGAGCAGGAGGGCGGAGGCAGGAGGUGCACAAGACAACCGGUCUGGGGGGCGGAGGUGGAGACUCCAUCAGCUGGAGAGAGAAAGACUGGAGCGCAUGUCCUGCCACAACCAGGAGGUGUGCCGGCUCCAGGCCCAGCUGACCCGUCUCAGGUCCCUGGUGGAGCGAGGAGAAGCUCAGCGGGUGGAGCUUCAGUAUCAGCUGACACUGAGCCAGAGAGACUCCGCCCGAGCCUCCGAGCUCACAGAGCGAGCAGCAGAGCUCCAGCAGGAGGUCCAAGAGCUGCAGAAAGCUCUGGAGACCACACAGCGGAGCAGAGACGAGGACCAGCAUGCUUUGCAGCAGGAGGUGGAGGAGCAUGACACACUGAUCCAAAGCUUCAGCUCAGAGAACCAACGACUACACCGACUACUGCAGGGUCAGGAGGAGGUUCUUAAGGAGUCUGAGAGGAGGACGGCGGAGCUGCAGAAGCAGAAGGACGAGGAGGUCGAGGUGAGCAGACGACUCUCCGGCGAACUGAAAUACCUGACGGAGAGAGAGGAGAGGAGCAGGAGGGAGAAGGAGGUGAUGGAUCAGCAGGUGAAGUCUCUGCAGGCGAGUGUGGAGGCGGAGCGAGCAGCUCACCUGGAGACCAGGUUUAACUCCCAGAUCGUCCAGCUAAGGGGGCGGGACUUGGAGGCGGCGCUGGCGGCGGAGCGGUCCGGCCAGCAGGAGGCGCGGCGCGGCCUGGAGGCCCUGGGGGCUCAGCUCGGGGAGAAGGAGCGCGGCCUGCAGCGGUGAGACGCCUUCACUGACGGGCCCCACGGUGGGACAUCAGGGAACUCAAUCCGAUAUGUGCGCGUGUCCAGGCUGCAGAGGGAGUACGAGCGCUGCAAGUCUGACCUCAGCGUUGCCCUGGAGACGGAGAGGGGGUCGACCUCUGACCUCACAGAGCGGCUCGAGGAGGAGAAGAGACAGCACACCGACACACACACACUGCUGCAGCAGGAAGCUGAGAGACGAAGAGACGCAGAGGAAUGUUUGAAAAGCAUCAGAGACACGCUGCAACAACACAACUCCACAGGCACCGGCCCUCCUGCAGAGCCUGAUGGGAGCCGUGGUCCCCCUGCAGACCUGCCCCAGCUGCUGGAGGCCACGCUGCAGGGACAGCGCCUCAGACUGGAGGGGGCGGAGCAACAGGUCCAGGACCUGCUGCUGGAGAACCAGACUCUCCAACGGCUGACCUCGGAUCAGAGCCGACGGGUGGAGGAGUCUCAGCAAGCCUCCCUCACACUGGAGGAGGAGGUGACGCGCCUUCGCACCGAGAGCUCUGAUUGGUCCACGCUGAGCAGAGGUCUGCAGGCUCAGCUGGAGAGAGAGAGGGAGGAGAGGGAGAGAGAGAGGGAGGAGGAGAGGGAGGAGAGGACGUCAGAGGUCCAGAAGAUAACUGAAUACUACCAGAAAGAGUCGAAGGCCCAUCUCUCCUUCCUGCACCUCCUCUACCAGCGCCUCCUGGCUCGCUGUGUCCUCCUGGAUCAGCCCCACAGCAUCCUGGGAGAUUUCACCUGGGAGGAGCUGUGCGAGGUCAUCACAGAGCAGGUGGACCAGCUGACCUCUGACCUCGGCAGGGCCGACACCAAGAUCGCCCAGCUGCAGAGUGUGUGCGACAGGAAGAGUGUGUGUGUACGUGAGCUGCAGCGCAGUCAGGAGUGUGUGUUGUCCCGUCUGGAGGAAAGCGCGAGGAGCCGGGAGGAGGCGUGGAGCCGCCGACACACACACACCGUGACACACCUGCAGGAGGAGCUGCAGCUGUAUCGCUCCCAGUGCGACUCCCUCCGCGGCCGCGCCUCCUCCCUGGAGCGCCGCGUCUCCUCGCUGACCUCUGACCUGUCGCGUGGCCGCGGGGAGUUGGCCUCCUUCCUAGCGGCGUGCGCCCUGCUGGGCGGUGCGCUGGCUCACGCCCGCCGGCGCCUCCGUGCGCUCGGACAGCAGAAGGCGCUGCUGUGCAGGCGGCUGGCGGAGAGGGAGGUGCUGGAGGAGGAGGUGAGGCGGCUGGCUCGAGCUCUUGGAGGCGCGGAAGAGGAGGAGGAGGAGAGCAGGAGGAGGAGGUGGGCGGCGGCGGGGCGGUGGAGGAGGAGCGUGUGUGCGGUGCUGGCGGCGAGGAGGUGGAGCGCUCUGGGUCAACGCUCCACGGUGCUCUUCAGGCUAGAGACGGGCGAGUGCGUCACCAUGGCAACAGGGAGGAGUCAAGAGGCAGAACGCUCGGGUAAAGACGAGGACGGAGGUCGUAAGGGGGCGUGUGCCCGCUGGCUCCGCUCUAAGAGCCUCUCCUCCGUCAUUCUGUCCUCCAUGGCCGACCUGCAGGGGGCGCUAACGCACACUGGCUCCGCCCCUCCGGACGUGACGACGGCCGCCCGCUCCGCGAUGUCCCGCCUCCUGGAUGGCCUUCCUGACCAAUCGGAUGCGGCGGCGUCCGAGGACUCGCUGAGUGGCCGGCUAAGGAUCGGACUCAUCGGACGGACGCCUCCUCUGCCAAAUGCAAAGGCCCUAGUGUCCACUCUCCAGCAGCACUUCCUGCUCUUCAGCCAACGGCUGCACUCGGCCGAGGUGGAGAGGCGGAGCCUGAGGCUGGAGGUGGCCAAUCUGAAGAGAGGACGGCGGCAGGAGAAAGAGCUCACCUGCAGGACGGUCCCGGUGAAGCGGUUCCACAGCGUGUGUGUGGAGCUCCGUCAGGCGCUGAGCAGGGAGCAGGAGGCCCAGGCGCUCAUCCAGGAGCAGACGGAGAAGCUCCACCAGCUGCAGCUCCGAGUGGACGCACACAGCGACACACAGCGCACACUGAGCCUCACCUGUCAGUCUCUGUCGGAGGCUCGGAAGGAGGUGAGUCGGAAGGAGCGCUCGCUGAGGAUUCUGGGUAAGCACCUGUCGGGGGUCCAGAAGGAGAGGAGGCAGCUGGAGGACGAGCUGAGGGGCGCCGCCAGACGCAGAGAGCAUCUGAUGGGCAGCAUGGCGGCCGCAGAGACCAGCUGCAGCGAGGUCAGGGAGCGUCUCCUCCAAUCACGACGCUCUCCGUCGGCCCCGCCCCGCCCCCUGCCGUUACCCAGGGAACACCUGGAGCCCAGCGGCGCCGAGAGCAUCAUGGGAGCUCCCGAGGUGGCGGCGUGCCGCGGCCUGCUCUCCUCCGUCGCUCUGCUCUACCACACCUGCUGCUCCAGGAUCGACUGGCUGGAGCAGGAAGUCUCCACCUACCGGGGUCACGUGACCGCGCUGCGCGGCGAGCUGCAGGACGUCUGUCUCCGUGACAACCUCGCCUACGUCCCCGUGGCUGAAUUCCCUGAAAGCUUUCCACUCGCUGACGUCGAAGCCCCUCAACACGUCCCCGUCUCCGAUUUGUCAAAGGGGCCGCCUGUUGGUUUAAGCCCCGCCCCACCGGGUACAAGCCCGGCUCCGCCCCUCUCAGAACCCAAAAGGAGGGAAAGGAAACCCAUGAAGAAGAGUCAGAGGAGGCAGGAAGGAGAUCCAGAUGUCUGCUGACGAAGGACAGAUGUGUGUUUGUGUGUGUUUGUUUGUUUGUGUGUGUGUGCGUGCGUGUGUGUGUGCGUGUGUGUUUGUGACAGACCAGCAGCUGGUUUCACCUCCACUGAAAUAUUUCUGUUGUUCCUCGUAAACUGUGUUGUUUUAAAUAAAGAUUCUUGCUGUUAA